UUGCUGGCGGCGUCUUUGAGCGCCGUGGCCAGCCCGUGGCCGGCCGGUGGGUAGCCGGCGCCAUGGCCACACCAGAACCGCUGCGGCCCCGCCUGUGCUGCCUGGUGCGUGGCGAGCAGGGCUACGGCUUCCACCUGCACGGCGAGAAGGGCCGUCGUGGGCAGUUCAUCCGGCGCGUGGAGCCCGGCUCCCCGGCCGAGGCGGCUGAGCUGCGCGCCGGAGACCGCCUGGUCGAGGUCAACGGCGUCAACGUGGAGGGCGAAACGCACCACCAGGUGGUGCAGAGGAUCAAGGCUGUGGAAGGGCAGACCCGACUGCUGGUGGUAGACAAGGAGACAGACGAAGAGCUGCGCCGGCGGCAGCUGACCUGCACUGAGGAGAUGGCCCAGCGAGGGCUUCCACCCACCCAUGAUCCCUGGGACCCAAAGCCAGUCUGGACACAUGCAGGCAGCCUUGGCUCCAAGGAUGGCCAGAAGGAUGUCAAUGGGCCCCCGAGGGAGCUUCGCCCUAGGCUCUGCCACUUGCGAAAGGGCCCUCAGGGCUAUGGGUUCAACCUGCACAGUGACAAGUCCCGGCCAGGACAGUACAUUCGCUCGGUGGACCUGGGCUCGCCUGCCGCCCAUUCUGGCCUUCGCGCCCAAGAUCGACUCAUCGAGGUGAAUGGGCAGAAUGUGGAGGGACUGCGCCAUGCAGAGGUGGUCGCCAGCAUCAAGGCACGAGAGGAUGAGGCCCGGCUACUGGUGGUGGACCCAGAAACAGACGCGCACUUCAAGAGGCUACGGGUUACACCCACCGAGGAGCAUGUGGAAGGUCCACUGCCAUCACCAGUCACCAAUGGGACCAGCCCUGUCCAGCUCAAUGGUGGCUCAGCGUGCUCAUCCCGAAGCGAUCUGCCUGGCUUAGACAAGGACAAUGAGGAUGGCAGCACCUGGAAGCACGACCCUUUUCAGGAGAGUGGCCUCCACCUGAGCCCCACGGCGGCUGAGGCCAAGGAGAAGGCAAGAGCCACCCGGGUCAACAAGCGGGCACCGCAGAUGGACUGGAACCGGAAGCGUGAGAUCUUCAGCAACUUCUGAGCCCCUCGCUACCUGUAUGCUGGACCCAGGCCUCUUCCCUGCACAGACUUUGGGUCUUGCCCUUUGGGCCCAGACCAGAGCUCCCCAAGCUUCACUGGACUGGAGGAGGUGCAUCCUCACCCCCAGAAACCUUGGUGGUCCAACCACCACCCAGGAGCCAACCCACAUCCCAGUGAGUCCUCGUCCUGAUACCCCUCUCUCUGGGUGCUAGGGGAAGUUGGCAGCAAGACUGGGGAGAGGGAGCCCCCAGUUUGAGAGAAACAUUGAGAGGGAGAGGCAGUGGUGACCCUAGGGCCUGGGCCCUUGCUGUUCUGCCCAGGCUUGCUGACUUAAAGGAAUUUGUGGUUUUGCUUUUUUUCCAAAAAGAACUCCAGCUCCACACAUGUUUCCACUUAAUACCAGAGCUCCCGCCCCCGCCAGGACAUGUUCCCUAAAUAAUUGCAAUAAAACAAACCUUUCUCUACAAACGAUUUCCUCCCCACCCCUUCCUCCUUGGCAGCAGUCAUCCCCGGUGGGAGUCCCAGGGACUUCCUGGGACAGAGGGGGGGUGGGCAGGCUGUUUGAGGGGGCUUCAGAUGAGGCUGGAGAAGCCAGACGUAGCUGUAGGAGCUUCCCCUCAGGCCCAUCUUUGCCUUCUUUCACGUGGGAGUUCACUAAACUGGGCCCCUAUGUCCCUGUCACACCAGGGGUCUGGGGUGCUGGGCUUGAGCUCUCUAUUGGGCCCGAGAAUGGAGGCCCCAUGUGCCUCUGAAGAGGGCAGCCUCUGGACAGGCCCCUUGUUCCUGCGCCACAGCCCACCGCAGGAGUGC